GGAGUAUUUUUAGUAGUUUAGCGUUGCUUGUAGUGUUAAUAUGGGAAAUAAAUUGGUUACGUUCACGGAUCAACAGCUGAUAAAUUACCAGGACUGUACUUUUUUUACUAGAAAGGACAUUUUAAGAGUGUACAAGAAAUUUCACGAUAUGAAAUCAGACUUGGUGCCUACUGUAAUGAAGAAAAAUGAACCUUACACGUUUAAACUUCCUGUCGAGUUUGUAGAAGAGCUACCUGAAUUUAGGGAAAACCCAUUCAAAAAACGGAUUUUUGAAGUUUUUUCGAGGGAUUCUAAGGGUAACUUAACUUUCGAGGAUUUCCUGGACAUGUUAUCGGUUUUCAGCGAAUCCGCUCCCAGAGAUAUUAAAGUUUUUUACGCCUUUCGAAUAUACGAUUUUGAUAACGACAAUUUCGUCGGGCCUACAGAUAUUGACACUGCGCUGAUUUUAUUGACGAGGCAGGAGCUUACCGUCGAGGAGAGGAGACAAAUAACAGAAAAAGUAAUAGAAGAGUCCGAUGUAGAUGGAGAUGGGAAACUUUCUUAUAUCGAAUUUCAGCACUGUAUUACAAGGGCUCCAGAUUUUUUAUCGACGUUUCACAUACGUAUUUAG